ACGACUUUAAAACGAUAAUUCGCAUGGCCGGCGAAUUACAAUUUAUUUUUUAAAAUCCUUGUUUCAUUCGAGUUUUUUGGAACUUCGUAAAUAUGUUACCCCUCUCAUUACUUAGAACAGCUGUGAACCAUCCUAUGUUGGUGGAGUUAAAAAAUGGAGAAACAUAUAACGGUCAUCUUGUUAAUUGUGAUAAUUGGAUGAAUAUAAAUCUAAGAGAAGUUAUCUGUACAUCUAGGGAUGGUGAUAGAUUUUGGAGAAUGCCUGAAUGCUAUAUUCGUGGAAGUACAAUCAAAUAUUUACGUAUCCCAGAUGAAGUCAUAGACAUGGUUAAGGAAGAUGUUAUGCAGAAGUCUAAAGGUCGAGGAGAGAUCAGGGGUCGUGGGGGGCGAGGAGGUAGAGGAAGAGGUGCAUUUUCAUCAGGUGGUAGAGGAGGUGGAGGACCAAGAGGAGGGGGCCAGGGUGGAGGAAGAGGGGGGCAAAAACCUGGCAGAGGCAGAAAUCAGUGAAAUAAUAUUUCAUAUAUUUUAUUGUUGAACAUUACAUUGCGAUCACUAGCAAAGUGAACUAACUAUUCAGAGGAUGAACCAACAGCCUUUAUCAACAGGAUUUAAUUUCUUUGUGUUCAGUGCAAGGAAAGAUGCUGGACUGUAAACAUACAAAAACCUUUAAAAGCUGAUCCAGGAAUAAUUAUUUAAUAAAUCAUUGUUAUACGAACAAAUAAAUUGAGAACGCUUGUAGUACUGUUGACAAUAUAUCGAGAAGUGUAUUGAUGUACUGGUACUAAAAUUUGUAUGUUUGUAUAUAUCAAAAGAGCAUUGUAUAUAAUUCAUAAUUUACAUGGCAUAUAUUUCAUUUGAUAUUUAAAAUAUGACAUGAAAGUGUUCUCAGUUCAAGAAGUAUCCACGUACAGAUUAUUCACUAUAAGGUGCAUUGAGAAAUUAACCCUCAUGUGCCUUUUAUUUGGUUUAAGUAAAAAAAAAAAAAGAUUUCUACAAUUGAUAUUAUGGAUCUGAUUUUAAUGGUUUUGUUGAAGAUAAAGAUUUAGUUUUAUUAUAGUGCUAAUUAUGCCAUCAUUCAUCUUUUCCAUUGUAUGGAAAGCUACAUGGAAUUAUUCUUUUGUUGUAUAUAAGUGUAUGUACAUGUACCUAAACCUUAAAAAUUUGAUACAUGAAUCCAUUCUGUUUGUAGUUGUUAAUAAGACAUCUCUUCAACCUUU